AUCAAGGAAAAUGGCUAGGAAAAUAAUGAAAAGAUGCUUCGGAUAGAGAGAGAGAUAACAAGGCAUUCCUUUCUUUUCUUCAAUUGUUUACAAGGUUGAACACUAAGCAAAGCUUGCUCUCUGUCUCAAUCUUCUCUCUUUUAAAACCAACCCAGUACCUAUCUAAUCUUCUUUCUCCUCCAGAAGGUCCCUCACCAGAACAAAGGCGGGUCCUUUUUGGCAAUUUCUCUCUUCUUCCUUUUUUCUUUCUCAAUUUUUUUUUUAAUUUUCUCUUGUUAAUCAGAAGAAAACCCAGAAAGGGUGAAAGAAGAUGUGGCAAAGACAGCCAAACAAGUCUUCAUCCUAUAGAGAAUCUCUUAAGGCUCUUGAAGCUGAUAUAGAACAUGCUAAUACUCUGGCAGCCUCUAUCCCAGGAGAUUAUGGUGGGGAUGGUGUUCAAAUGAGAUUGUCUUACAGCCCUUUUGCUCCCUUGGUGUUGUUUCUGUUUGAAUGGAUGGAUUAUAGUUGUACAGAUACCCUUCCCAGUUCUUUGGGCCUUCUUCACAUAUUUGUGUACAAGUCUUGUGUUGAUGGAACCCCAACAUCGACAUCUAAAGAAAGGAAGGCCUCCCUGAGGGAAUUCUAUGCUGUUAUAUACCCAUUGCUUAUGCAACUUGAGGCUGAGUUUGUUGAAUUAGAAGAUAAGAAUAAGAGACCCCGAGGCACGAACACUUUGAGCAGAAAGCGAGUGGAAGAAAGGAGGAAGGCAUCCGAUAAAGAUUUUGAGAAGGAUGAAGAAUGCGGGAUAUGCAUGGAGAAUAUUGCAAAGAUGGUACUGCCUAAUUGUGGGCACUCAUUAUGCCUCCGCUGCUUCCGUGACUGGAAUGAACGAUCUCAGUCCUGCCCAUUUUGCCGUGGUAGCCUGAGGAGAGUUGGUUCUAUGGACUUAUGGGUUCUCAUAAGUAACGGUGAUAUAGUUGAUGCAGUUACUCUUGCAAAUGAAAAUCUAUCACGUUUCUACAAUUACGUUGAAAGCCUUCCUCUAGUAAUGCCUGAAACUCAUACAUUUCUGUUUGAUUACAUGAUCUGACUUAUUGAACAAUGAGCAAGUACUAUGUAGUAUAAGGUGCCAAACCACCCAUUGUACAUAGAAUCUGGUAUGGAGAUGUUUGGUCCCAUCCAUAGUGGUCGGCUGUGGAGAAAGUUUCUUCGGAGCUGUGUCUACUCAAACUGAGAUGCUGGAGAUGGCCAGGAGAUAAGCUGUCAGAAUUCUCAAUAAAGUCUCAGUUUGCAGCCCGGGGAAACAGAAGUCCGAGCAACCGCAAGUCUGUCAAGUGUAACACCUGUAAAUAGAAGGGAAUAAUAAAACAAUGGUAUGCUUUUGGCAUUCAACUCAGCUUUUUGGAACCCUGAGUGCUGAAUGAAAAUGACAGAGAUUGGCGUUCUAUUUGUUAUAUACCUAUUACUAUUUGAUGUAAAACCAGUAUCAUGUGCCAUAUGCAUGUUAUGGAACUUGCCUCUUAAACAUUGCUUAUGAUAAAUAAUUACACUGACUUAUCUUAUUUGGUGAUGAUGAAGAUGACAUGACUA